CCACAGAGAACAUCUCCUCACUCAUAUCUACCUGAUCCAGAUGGAAUCUUGAUGGAAGUGAACUAACCCUCUCAGAUAUAUUGAUGAUGUUUUUCUAUUUUUCCAGGACACGCCAUGGAGAAACCCUCAAAGGAUCGUCUCACUUUAUCUCCAGGUUGUAAAAUGGAAGAUGAGGACAUCACAGGAGAUUGUGGAGGAGAAAAGACAAUGAUCUCCACUGUGGAUGGAGGACUUCACAUUGUGGAUAGACCACGGAAUCCCUCCGACUCUGAGCAACCUCGUACUGUGGGGGGUGGGGCCGGGGUUCAGGGGAAGAAGAAAUUUUCCUGUCCUGAGUGCGGGAAAUGUUUCCCGCGUAACUCAGCUCUUGUCAUACAUUACAGAACUCACACGGGGGAGAAGCCGUAUUCCUGUCCCGAGUGCGGGAAAUGCUAUUCCCAAAAGCGCAAUCUAUACAGACAUCAGAAAUGGCACAUGGACAAGAAACCACAUAUAUGUCACACGUGCGGGAAAUGUUAUACUAAUAAAUCAGAACUUGUAACACAUCAGAGAUCCCACAUAGAAAAAAAAACAUAUUCCUGUCCUGAGUGUGAGAAAUGUUUUCCUAAGGAAUCAGAGCUUGUAAUACAUCAAACAUCUCACACGGGGGCGAAGACCUAUUCCUGCACAGAGUGCUGGAAAUGUUUUCCAAGGAAAUCCGACCUUGUUAAACAUCAAAGAACUCACACGGGUGAGAAGCCGUAUUCCUGCCCUGAGUGCGGGAAAUGUUUUUCAAACAAGUCCAAUCUUAACAAACAUCAGAGAUCGCACACGGGCGAGAAGCCGUAUUCCUGUUCGGAGUGUGGGAAAUGCUUCUCGCAGAACUCCAAUCUUGCUAAACAUCAGGCAUGCCACGCGCGUGAAAAGCUGUUUUGCUGCCCUGAGUGCGGGAAAUGUUUUCCACGGAAAUUAGAACUUGUUAAACAUCAAAGACAUCACACAGGAGAAGGCCUGUAUUCUUGUCUAGAGUGCGGGAAGUGUUUUUCACAUAACACCAAUCUUUCCAGACACAAGAGACAGCACAUGUUAGAGAAGUCGUAGUCCUGCCCUGAGUGCGGGAAAUGUUUUUCACAGAAGUCUCAUCUUACUGAACAUCAAAGAACCCACAAAACCAUUGAGGUGAAUUAAGGAGGAGGUGUCACUGCUGGUUGGGUCCCUCUAGGAGAGAGAAGGAGGGGGUGUCACUGCCGGUUGGGUCCAUCUAGGAGA